UAUAGGGUAUUUCAAACGCUUUCCUUUAAGUGAAAAGACAUGGGCAUUGGACAAAUGUGUCUUUUUGGAAAUUGAAUUUAGUCUAUGAAAUGGCGGACCAUCAGGUUCUUGUGAUCCGAACACCAAUAAUACUAUGUCUAUUCUGUUUCAUUUAUUUUGGUGUUGGUCAACCCAAUGCAGCCUCCAAUCGUUUAUCAGUGGACAUUAUGAAAAACUACAACAAAAUGAUUCGAGGAGUGCAAGAUAUGAGUGAGCUAACGCCUCUGUAUUUUUCGUUUAAUCUGAUUCGUAUUACGGAAUUUGACGAAGUGAAUGGAAAACUAUCAGUGGUGGGAUAUUUUAACGUAUUCUGGAAUGAUACUAGGAUGAAAUGGGAACCAGCAGCAUACAAUAACACUUACAAAAUUCUUUUUAAGGAAAAGGAAGUAUGGAGACCUUUGGUUGUUUUAGCUUCACCUCAUAAUGAGUUUAAAAGACUUGGAGACAAAAACGGUUUCUUUAUAAGAUAUAACUUCGAAGGUCGCGCAGAAUGGUAUCCUGGAGACAUUUGGUCGUCAUCAUGUACCCCAGAUAUUUACAAAUACCCCUAUGACACACAGUCUUGCUCGAUAUCCUUUGUCAUUUGGGACUAUGAUAUAAAUGAAGUCACGGCUAUUGCUUUAUCUGAUAGAGUUAAUCUGUACGUGUAUUCUCCUCAUGGAAUGUGGGACCUGAUAGAUACGUCGGUUCUGUCGGGCGUCGAUAGGAAGCAAAAACUAGCGUUCAUAGAGAUAACUUUGUUUCUGAAGAGAGUCCCCACAUUUCAAAUGAUCAAUAUGAUUCUUCCUAUUAUGCUUGUUGGUUUGCUCAACAUUCUUGUCUUUCUUCUUCCUGCUCAGUCCGGAGAAAGGGUCGGCUACUCCAUUACCGUGUUACUCGCCAUUGCAGUCUUUCAAACCAUUGCAUUUGACCAUCUUCCAAACGUUUCUAAGCCCAAUCUUUCUUUGCUCUGCAUCAAGCUAUUGGCCGACCUAAUUUUGAGUGCUUUAGUAAUGACGUUCACAAUAAUGACGUUAUAUUUCUAUCACAUGCCAGAUUCUCGCAAAGUGCCCCCGUGUCUUGCAGCUGUAACAAGAUUUGUAUUGUGCAGAACCUGUCGUAGAAGUAAAGUCAACGACACUCUCAAUGAAAGCUUUGAUAAUUACGUUAUGAGAAGUGGGAUCGGUAUAACAGAUUUUGUAUCAGAUAACGAUCACCUCCAGACUGAGGUCACGUGGACAGAUGUCGGUAAAAGUAGUGACGUUGUGUUUGCUGUGUUUUCUAUGUUUGCGUUUAGUGCUUCAAAUGCUGUAUUUUUGUUGCAUGUAGUAUUUUGAAAACGUAAUGAUUGAAUUCAUCACUUUAAAUUCA